AUAUACAUCAAUAUUAAAUUUACAUUGUUUCAUCGAUUCAAAAGUCUGUCUGUUUUUUUAUUUUGGUUGAGGCAAACUUGUGUGACCUAUGACAGUCAGACAAACAGACAUACAUUUGAGCUAUGGCUCUGUGUUGAAGGCGUACUUUUACCUAUAUUUGUUAACUUUUAGUACAUUGUGACUUGGAUGCAGAGUUGUCUCAUUGGUGCUCAUACCACAUCUUCUUCUGUAUUUACAAACCUCUUACUUUGGUCAAAUGUAAUGCCCCCUUUGCCUAGUGGUGAGGUGCUAAAAAAUUCAUAAGGGAUUCAGUGGAACCCAGUGUCUCGUCUACUUUUUCUGUUAAUUGCAGGCUCAACAAAAAUGAGGAAAUAAAUCGAUAAAAAUAUUCCUCUUGAUACUAUCUUUUGAUUGUAAGAAGCUUCUGUCCAAGUUUAGUAAAAAUCCAGGAUAGCUUAUGAAUCUAAUAAAUGUUUAAAAUCUUUAACUGCAGACUGAAUGUAAUGUUAACUGGAAGAAAAUAAAAUUCUUUCUAGAUACUAGCAUUUGAUCAUAAACAAGCUUCUGCCCAAGUUUGGUACAAAUCCAAAAUAGAAUAAGAAAGUUAUUACAGCUUAUUUCCUAAUGCUCGUAGAGUAAAACAUUGGUAGGCUUGCUUGCUCUGUUGGUAUAAACCUUAAUUCAAGUUUCAUAAUUAACAUUGACAUCUUCAAACAAUACAUAUAGGCAUAUUUUAACCUGUAUAUAUUAUACAUUCUGUAUUUAAAUUUGAUUACACGUUAUCCCAAUUACAAUUGUACAAUAUACAAACAAAGCAAGCAAGCUGACCAAAGUAUUGCUUUACAUGCAUUGGGAAAUUAGCUGUAAAAUUUUAAAAAGUUUAACCACAGAGUGAAUGUAUUGUUUCCUGGCAGAAAAUCUAAGUCCAUUUAAAAGUAAAAUACGGAAAAAAAUGGAUUUAUUUUUUUACAAAAUUUACUUCUGGAUACUAUCUAAUGAUCAUAAACAAGUUUCUGUCCAAGUUAGGUACAAACCCAGGAUAAUUUAAGAAAGUUAUUAAAAUUUUAAAAACUUUAACCACGGAGUGAAUGUAAUGUUUCCCAGCAGAAAAACUAAGUCCAUUUAUAAGUAUAAUACGAAAAAAUGGAAUUUUAUUUUUACAAAAUUUAUUUCUGGAUACUAUCUUAUGAUCAUAAACAAGCUUCUGUCCAAGUUUGAUAGAAAUCCAGGAUAGUUUAAGAAAGUUAUUAAAAUUUCAAAAACUUUAACCACAGAGUGAAUAUUUGUGGACGCCACUGCUGACGACGACGCCAAAGGAAUGUAGGAUCACUAUGUCUCGCUUUUUCAACUAAAGUCAAUAUCUAAUGGAAAAUGUGAUCCAUGGGACUCAAAUGCCCCUGCUUGGCUAGUAGUGGGAGCAUGAAAGGAAUACAUCAAUAAAUGGCAAAUUAUACAGUGAAGAUGAGAAAAGCAGCCAUAUUUUUGCUGGAUGAUGAUGGCAAACUCAUAUACAAUAAAUUAAUCCUGAUGACCAAGAAGAAAACAUGGUGUAUCAUACUAAUAAUGAUGAGGAUGACAGUGAUGAUGAUGAUGACAUUUUCCUAUGUGUUACAGACAACAACAGUGAUGGAAUAUCAGCAGAUGUAGAAGAUGAAGAUGAGGAAAAUGUUGAAGAAGUGAACAUAGCCAGAAGAAAACGAGGUCGCCCUAAAGGCAGUUAUAGUAGGAAGAGGCUGUUAAGUUUAAGUGGGUCAGAUGAAGAUAUUCCCCUAUCCAGACUGAAGAAAAAAAAGGUACAACAUAAAGUAGAUAUAAACUCAAUUGCUGCUAUUUUCUGCUGUGUAAGUUUAUGCCUUACAUCAGUACCAACUGAAGCCAUCAACACUCUCAGGGACCACCUAGCAGGGAUGUCAAAACAUGACUUGAGCCAGUGGGUGCUAAAUUGGUUAUGGACACAUCCAAGAGGUAAUGGUGAAUUCUGUUUUUUGGUUGGGGAAUGGUCAGUUUGUGUUACUGCAUUUUUGACGGUAAUUGGAAUGCCACUGUCUACUUAUUACACAAUAAGAAAAAGAUACAAGCUUGGUGAAAAGGUUAUUGGGCGGCAAGGCAAAAGAAAAGAUCAGCAGAUGUCGGCAACUCAGACAGCAACCAUCUGGCUGCAUGAUUAUGCAAAUAAAUUUGCAGAGAAGCAACCCGACAAGACCAAACUGCACCUGCCUCCUUGUCUAACAAAAGCAUCUCUGUAUGAAAUGUACAAGGAUGAUAUGGAGGAACAUGCAGAGCAGACAAUAUCCCUUUCCCAUUUCUACUGGAUGUGGAGAAAUUGUGUUAGCUAUGUUAGCAUUCCUGCAAACUCAAGGCUAUCAAAAUGCAACAUAUGCACACAGAUAAAAACCAAGAUGGUUGAAACUAAGGACCAAAAUGCCAGAAUGGAAUUAAAAAGAACCAGAGAACAGCAUUUAUUAAAGCAAAGCCUUGAAAGGAGGAAAUACUACAAACAUGCCCAUAAACCCAGACAACACCCAGACAAAUAUAUGUCAAUGAUUAUAGAUGGCAUGGACCAAUCAAAGACUGAGAUACCUCAUUUUUUAUACCUGUCUUCCCUUACCGCAGGAAUGUGGAAAUUGAGAACUCAUUUGGUCGGAGCACUGGUGCAUGGCGUAGGAUUAUAUGGAUUUUUUGAUUGGUACCAGUAUGCACACUCCUCCAAUUUGACAAUCCAUGUAAUUCUAAGUAUUCUCCUAAUGACUAAAGACAGUCUUCCUGAUGUUCUUUACCUUCAAAUGGACAACUGUGCCAGGGAAAAUAAAAACAGAUUUGUAUUUGGAUUUCUCAGCCUCUUGGUUGAACUGAAAGUGUUCAAGAAAAUCAAGGUUUCAUUUUUGAUGGUUGGCCACACUCACGAAGACAUCGAUCAGGUUUUUUCAAGAUUUUCAGUAUGGUUGAACAAACAUGCAGCUUUUACACUACCAAGACUAAUGCAUGCGUUUGAAAACUGCUUCCAACCAAAACCCCACGCCAUCGAAACCAAUGAUGUUUAUGACGUUACAAAUUGGAUUAAGGAUUUUAUCAAUCCAAUCAGUGGCCAUUCCCAACCACACACUUUUAAAUUUGUCCUUGGAGAUGAUGGAAAAUCAAAAUUCUUGUACAAGAAAUGGGCAAAUGAUAAAGUUUGGCUUGAGUGUAAUGGUUCUGAAAAAAAUAUACUGAAGGCUAUUCCAAACACAUGUCCAUCCUUUAUGCCCACCAAUGACGACCAAAUCGAUGUUGAUCGUCUGAAAGCAGAUAUUAAUAAAGUGAACAAACAAUAUGGUUGUAACAAAGAUGGCUGGUGGACAUCUUUUUUCACAGACAUUGUGACAGCCAUUCCUAAUCAGGAAAUUCACCCACAAUCAACAUGGCCAUUAGAUGAAAUUGUAAUGGCAAAAGAAAACCAGAGAAAUGAAGAGAAUAUGAUAGUUGAGCCACCAAGCAACCAAUGUACUGUCCAUAUUGAUGGUUUUUCUGAUGAAGAUAGUGUGCCUCUGAUAAUACUUGGAAAGAAAGAAAAAGAAAGGAAACAAAAGGAGAAGGAAGUGGAGGAUGUUGAUGAAGUCCCAGCUGUGGGCAAUUUUGUAUUAACAAAUAUUGCAAAAUAUGCAGGGGAGUGGCCACAGCUGGGAAAGGUUUCAAAACUUGAAGAUGGACUUGUCCAUAUACAUUGGUACAAGGGGUCAAAAACUGGACCCUGGGCCCCUUGUACCAAACCUGUAUCAGGGUCAAGAGGGAAGAGGGAAGCCUGGUGUGAGGCUGUUGACAUGAAGGACAUUUGGUGUCAUGGUUUUAAUCUGACAGAAACCAAAAAACUCCCUUUAAAAAUAAAGGAAAAAGUUGAUACUUUUACAGACUUUUGAGAAUGUUUGACACUUUUUAAAGAACAAAAUUCUUCUUGAUAAUAAUGAUAGCUUUUUUGAAAUAACAGAAAUGUUUUUAAUUAUAGAUUCUAAAUGCAUCAAGUUUUCUUUUAAGGACAGAUAUCUUAAUUAAUGUUACAAAUUUCUAUUGAAUUGUUACUUAAUUAUUAGAAAUUAAAUGACAAAAUUGUUAUCUCACCUUUCCUUUAAGGCAAGCUUUUGCCAGCACUUGGCACACACUGCCAUGAAAUUUUCAAACAAUGACAUUUUGGAUUCUUGUAUCAACACUAUUUAUUUGUAAUUUAUAAUAAGGAUUAUAAAUAUCAAUAAACUGUAUACUAAGCAAAGAUGUUCAGCUAAGUCUAAUCUUUAAUUAAGACAAAUUAAAAGAAAAAAAAUGGCAAAAUGAAUUUUUUGGCUUCUAUCUAAAAAAACUAAAGAAACUAGAGCAAAACUAACCUGGCUUAAGGUAGAUCAUAAGUAUAAACUUUUUGGGACAGAAUUUUUUUAUAAUUUGCCAAAAUGAAGAUUUUACUAUGCUUUUUUCAAAAAUAUAAUAAAAAGUAUGGGUCACCGUACUAUUUUUCAUGCUAUGAUUCGUUGAAAAUUGCCUAAAUUUGGUUAGAUUAUUCAUGAAAAAACACAUUUGUGUGCAUAAAAAAAAUUCUAUCAGAUAGAAAUUUGGAAUAAAUUGGGAGAAGAUAGGUUUUAUUAUAUGUUUUAAGAAAAUGAAAAGAAAAAAUGGUGUCACCGAACUUGUUUUCUUGCUACACGGAAAAAUAAAAAAUUUCCCUUUUAGUCCAGUAUAAAUUUUUACUAAAAGAGUUAUCUCCCCUUAAAUGGUUCAUUUUAAAAAAAAAAUGAUUCUAAGAGCAAAAAUUAUUGAUAUUUGUUAAAAUAUUUUGCAUAAUACAAUAAAUCACCAAGUUUUGUUUAUAUGAAUAAACAGUCUAACCAUUAAAUUGCAAAUCUGUCUCCAUAUUAGCAGAUUUGGGCAAAUAACUAGACCGAUUUUGUACUGUGAUUGUGCAAUCCAAGAUGGCGGUAUACCAUGAAUUUACCUUAACAGUGUUUAUUUUGUACUUACUGGAAAUUUUCAGUCAAAUAAGAAAGGGUUAAUGACCCCUGAAUGUUUGAUUUUAUGUAAUUUUUUCUACACUUGAUUAUUCUCCUUGAUAUAUUUACAUAUAGAAAGUAAAUAAAAACUGCAAUUAUUUUCACCGAAGUAAACUACAAAAUGGUGAAAAUUAAAGUACAUUACUUUUGUAAAUUCAAUUCACUACUUAUACGAGUUGAUGCCCUUCAUAAAAGAUUUUUCCACUUCAAUUUUUUUUCAGAAACUGUAAUUGCGAGAAAGUUUAAAAAGCAUGUUGCACAUUUUGUAGCUUGAAACAUACAUAGGAAAAGAUAUGAUAAGACUACAUUUGUGCUCAUGAGUCAUAUAUAUUUUUACUACUGCAGACAGUCACUAAUUGUUAUCAUUUGAAUUUACAUAUUUUCUUCAAAUUACAAAUCAUGUUUAAAUUUUUAACAACCAGCAAAUUUUAAUGUUUUUAUGUCUUUAUGAAAGAAUUAGAAUAGAAAUUUGAUACUGAAGACCCAUAUUUGAUAGCCUUAAGUUUGUCUCUUGUUAAAAAAAAAACCUCUUUGUACUGAUUUUAUACCAAGAACUGUGCUCUGAAAUUGUCAAGAGCAAUUACAAAUGUAAAUGUGAACAUGGCACUUAUAAAAUUCAAAUCUGAUUUAUUUCAAGUAUGUUGUUAUAAAGUCUUAUAUGUAUCUUGUAUAACAAUUGUAGAUAAUUCCAACUCACUACAAUUUUGUAAUAAAACAGAACAUUAUCAUAUUAAUUUGAUACUGCAAUAAAUGUGGAUUUGAUUUGACCAAACUUGGCAAUCAAUUUCCAAAUAACCUUAAA